AUGCACCCAAUUGGUCUGACGUCGAAUUGCAGCCAACCGGGAAAUCAAGACCGAGUCCAUCAAACCAGAAGAUGCCCGUACAAUCCUCGAUAUGCAGCGUUUAAAUCGCCCUUCAAGCCCUCACUUUAUGAUUUACGAGCCUCAGAUAACAUGGUAUGGCAGUAUUGUCCACCGUAUAACUGGCGUUUAUAUGCAUUUUUCUUGUCCUACCUUGCCGGUCCUGUGGUCGGAGCCCCAAUUGACUCUGCUCACAUCAUCGACUUCGUGCAUUCCCUUCCAGAGUGGGCUAAAUAUACAGGGAAAACAAUAGCUGCUGCUCCCUUCGUCUAUCAUUCAUUGAAUGGCUUGCGACAUCUCACAUGGGACACUACGAGAUGUAAGUCACCUUUUCUAUCUCGGAUUGUACCCAGUUCUGACUUGCUAACAGUGUUGAACAAUGCUGCGGUCACGAGGAGCGGCUACGCUGUUGUAGCUGGUACCAUUAUAGGUACCGGAGCCUUAGUUCUCCUUUGA